AUGAAGAGCUCUUAUUAUGAGAUCUUGGGCGUAGAACACGAUGCCCCCGUAGAAACCAUCAAGAAAGCCUACCGAAACCUGCUCCUAGCCCUACAUCCUGACAAGCAACUGCUAGGUUCAGGUCACGUGACAAGAAAUGUUUCUGUCGACCAGCUGCAGGAAGCCUAUAAGGUGCUAGCGGACAGCGAAUUGAGGCAGGAGUAUGACGAGAAACUGGAAGCGAGUUAUAAGCUACAGGGUUUCCAUAAUGCCGGUGAUGGCCUUGACGACUACUCACUUGAUGACUUUGAAUAUAACGAAGAAAAAUGUAAGUUCGUUAUGAAAUGCCCAAGGUGUCAAUCUAUAGAUGGAUUUAUGCUAGAUGAAAAAACGCUUGAUGAGAAUGGAAUGGAAACAUCGAAGGACGUUUUCCAGAUAAUUAUACAGUGCAGUUCAUGUUCCUUAUGGUUAAAGGUUAACUAUCGUGUAGUAUAUGAUUAA